AGAGAUCAAAUUCCCCUCUCACUGCAUGGGAGCUCGUGGUGUCAUGUUCCAUUUCAUUCAUCGAUGAGGAUUCUUUUCACCUUUCUCUCAUGCAAAACAAUUUUAAGUUAUCAAACCAAUUGUAAUGGUGUGGAGGAAGACAUAGAAACACACCUAAUUCUCGAUUAAGUGGACCAGAGAGUUCCUAAUGGUGUGCAGGAAGCAACAGAAACAAACCUAAUUCUCGAUUAAGUGGACAAAGGAUUCCUUCUCAAAGUGUUUGUAGUUUGUACUACAGGAUCUUUUACAUUCUAAUUCGCUCCAAUGAGGUUAGAGAAGUGUUGGUUCUGUUCUUCAACUAUUUACCCAGGGCAUGGAAUUCAGUUUGUUCGCAAUGAUGCAAAGAUAUUUAGGUUCUGUAGAUCAAAGUGUCACAAGAACUUCAAAAUGAAACGGAAUCCAAGGAAAGUGAAGUGGACUAAAGCAUACCGGAGGUUGCAUGGCAAGGACUUGACUCAAGAUUCCACUUUCGAGUUUGAGAGGAAGCGGAACAGGCCAGAAAGAUAUGAUAGGACUGUUGUGGAGCAGACUUUGAAGGCAAUGAAGAAGAUAGAUGAAGUUCGUGUAGCCAGGGAGGCUAAAUUCUGGGAGAACAGGAGAAAGGGGAAGAAGGUGAAGGAGAUGAAGGAGGCCGUGAGGGAACUUGACCAGAACAUUAGCUUGGUUCAAGCUCCGGAAACUCUGCUGAAGGAAUCUACAUCUGCUGAAAAGAUUAAAGUGCGAGUACAGAAGCCAAAGAACGUAGAACACAAUCCAAUGGAGAGCGAAUGAUGCCUGGAUAUAUCAGUGUCUUGCAUUCUGGCCAAACAUGUUGGAUCGAAAAUUUAGCAGUAAUUUUGUUCUUUUGUAACGGUUCCAAAUUUCUGGAGAUUUUUUUUUUUUGAACUGGAAAAUGGUGGCAGGGAUUUGUAGAUGAUAGUAAUUUUUGGAAAUAUGUCCUCAUUUUGUGAUUGCUA